AUGGAAGAGCACCGUGAGGAAAGAUGCUGGGAGGACCUAUUGCCAGAUGCCCUGGGACUCAUCUUCCGCAACCUCUCCCUCCAGGAGAUGCUCACCGUGGUUCCCCGGGUUUGCAAGUCCUGGAGCCGAGUGGUCUCAGGGCCCUACUGCUGGCAGGAGAUCGACAUCCAGGAGUGGAGCCAGCAGCAGAACAAGCCUGACCAGCUCACCCGUAUGGUUCAUACGCUUGUCACCCGCAGCGGUGACUCGUUCCGCCGCAUUAGCGUGUCCGGGCUUCCCAACGACUCGUUGUUCACCUUCAUCGCGAACCACGCGCGAUCUCUCAAGACCCUGGAGCUUCCUCGGAGCGAGAUCAGCGACUGCAUCGUGGAAGACGUCGCGCAAAGGCUGUCCAACGUCACGUUCCUGGACGUCAGCAGCUGCACCAAGAUCGGCGCCCGCGCCCUGGAGGCGUUCGGCAAGAACUGCAAGUCCCUGGUGGGGCUCCGGCGGGUGAUGCACCCCAUAGACGUCGCCGGCAAGGUGUGCCAGCACGACGAGGCCCGCGCCAUCGCGUGCAGCAUGCCGAAGCUCCGGCACCUGGAGAUCGGGUACAUGCUGAUCGCGACCAACGCGGUGGUGGAGAUCGCGUCCCGGUGCCGCGACCUCAGCUUCCUGGACCUGCGCGGCUGCUGGGGCGUGGACGACAAGCUGCUGCAGGACAAGUACCCGGGGCUCAAGGUCCUGGGCCCGCGCGUGGACGACUGCUACGAGAACAGCUUCCUGGAGGAGUGCUCCGACGACUCGGACGACGACUCCAUCUACUCGUGGGAGGAGUUCAUGGACGACGAGGACUACUUCGCCGGCGCCGGGAGCGACGAGGACGAGGAGGCCCUGUGGGCUGACGGCCACGCCCUCGAGGGGCUCGAGGUCAGGUUCUACGGCGGCGGGUUCGGCGAGGGCGCCUUCGCCGGGAUCGACUGGCCGGAGUCUCCAUGA